AUGUCUAGCAUUUCAACUGGUAUUGAUCCUGCUGCAAAAUAUCAACGGCUUAGUGUUGAAUAUGUUAAGGUCAGGAAUCAGGUAUCUGUUUUGAAAUCGGCACUCCUCGAAGAACAAGCCAAAACGACUGAAUUACAACAUCAAAUCACUGCUGGGGAUACUAAAUUGAGAAAAACAGAAAGCGAACGUGACUCUCUUGCAUUCCGAAAUGAUCAACUUGUAAAACGAGUUGAGAGUUUACAAGAAAGUUUGGAAGCUCAACUUUCAAUUUUUGAACCGACCAAAGGGAAAAAGAAACAUAAAGAAGCAAAUUUGCGUUUAGUAGCUGAGAAUACCCGGAUGCAUCAACAUCAAACUUUUGGCGGUACUUCUACUUCUGAUCCCAAUAUUAUUAUGGAGGAGGAACUGGAGCGUAAAAUACUAGAAAAUAGUGUUCUUCACUCCAAACUUUUUGACGUUGAAAGGCGCUCUACAGAGACUACUAAUGAGUUACUUCAACGAAUCGAGUCAUUACAGAAAGAAAAUUCAGCACUCAGAAAUGCUUCAUCGUUAAAUGGCUCUACCAAUUUUGUAAAGACUGCCAAUACAGACUUGGUAAAUUAA